AUGCUGGCCUCUGCCCUCUUCAAGAUAGUCGCCGUCACGGCUUUCAGUGCUCCGGUGCUGGGCCGUGACCUUCGACUGACCGGCAGCGCUAAAACUGUCGCCCGCUCCGUUUCCGACGACGACGGCCAUCUCAUCCAAGCAAGGCACGUUUUCCAUCGACACGAUGAUGGAAGGCUCCCAUACGUCUGCGGCAUCCCACUUGUUGGCCAAUACAUCUCUGUGUGCAAGGCAUCCAAAUAUGCUCCCACCAAGAGUACCGAGAGUACCCAGAGUACCAAGAGUACCAAGAGUGAUUCUGGCGGCGACGUUAACAUCAUGAUUGGCUCGGGCAACACCUACACCGGCAACACUGUCGGAGCCACUUCUGGCUCCGGUGCCUCGGGAUCCAACUCUUUGGCGUCUGGUGGCCUUGACAACGCCAUUGGCGGCACUUUGGGCAGCGCUCUAGGUGGCUCUUCAGCUGCUACGACUGGGGCUGGUGCAUCUACAGGAGGUGCGGCCUUGGGUGGUGGUGCUUCUACCGGUGGCCUUGGAGGUGGCGCCGGUGCCACCAAUUCUUACUCUGCUCAGGGUGCUUCAGGCUCUGGCCAGGAUCCUUCAGGCUACGCCGGCGCCGGAGGCAGCUCUGCCGCGGGCGCCAUGGGAGGAAACUCUGCUGCGGGCGCCAUGGGAGGCGACCCUUCCAUGGGUGCCUCUGCCAACAAUGCCGGUGCUUACUCUGGUCAGGGAGCCUCAAGCUCUGGUCAGGGUGCUUCAGGUUAUGAUCAGGGUGCUUCAGGCUACGGUCAGGGAGCCUCAGCCUCUGGUCAAGGUGCUUCAGGCUCUGGCCAGGAUCCUUCAGGCUACGCCGGCGCCGGAGGCAACUCUGCCGCGGGCGCCAUGGGAGGCGACCCUUCCAUGGGUGCCUCUGCUGACAGUGCCAAUGCUGGUUCCACUGCGGGUGGCGCUGCAGGCUCCGCGGGAAGUUACGGUUCUAUGAACACCGCUGAAGACACUGCCGACACUUCAGGGUCAACUGGCUCUGAGCCUCCCUCGGGUGCUCCCGGUACCGCCGGCCCCAAAGGUCAUUCUUCUGUGGGUGCCUCCGGAAGUCAAUCUUCAGCACAAAGCUCUGGCACUGACUCCUCCCCGAUUGUCAAACGCACAAAAAAGGUUGAACAUACUACCGCCGAUAAAAAAAUGACUUCCAAAGAGAAAAAGAAAGCUCUUCCCUUUCACUGCAGACUCUGGGGUCUUAGGACGUUCUCUGGUCGUUGCAGACGCCUACGGAAGGAUGUCCAUGAAACCAAGAAGCUCGAAAAGGUUCAGAAGAAAGCCGAUAAGGCCGCCGCCAAUGUCAAGAAGCAUGGCGACAUUCACCACAAGCGUAGUCCUCUCAGACCGGCCUUCAGGUGCUAUGUUCCCUUAUUGAAGUUGAUCAGCAGCAGAUGUAAACUACCCCAGAACUCCGCCAUAAACGCCAAUGCCUACGGUAGUAACUUGGGUACCAGCAUGGGUCCAGGCAUGAGCACCGGCAUGACUUCAGGCAUGAGUACCGGCAUGAGUUCGGCCAUGAGCCCAAGCAUGAGUUCAGGCAUGAGUGGCUAUGGUGGCAACGGAUUCAAGAAGCGUUCUAAUGCGGCCGCAACGACAACUCCCCUCGCUCAGGAUACCAACAUGAUAGGACUUCCCAGGCUUAACUUGAGGUGCAGGUUGGGUUUCCUCAGCUUCUUCAGCAGUAAAUGCAGAAACAUUUGGUUACAAACCAAGAUGGCGAAGAAAACCGGCAACCAUGGUGCCUCGUCUCUUAUGGGUGGCUCGUCCUCUAUGGGUAGCUCGUCCCUCAUGGGUGGCUCGACCUCCAUGACCAGCGAUCCUUAUUCGAGCAGUGGUUCCUAUGGCGGUAGUGGCUAUUCCACCGGAGGUACCUAUGGCGGUUCUGGCAGCAGUAUGGAUCCGACUAUGAGCGGCUCGUCCAUGGGCAGCGAUCCUUAUUCCACCGGAAGUUCCUAUGGCAGUGGAGGUGGCUAUGGUGGCAGUGGAGGUGGCUAUGGCAGUGGAGGUGGCUAUGGUGGCAGUGGAGGUGGCUAUGGCAGUGGAAGCACAUAUGGCAGUGGAAGUGGCUAUGGCGGUAGUUCGACGGCUGGUGGUAUGGGUAUGGGCGGUUACUGA